GCGGCCGCCGUGGGGGUUAUGCUGGUCCUGGUCUUGGUGGUGCUCAUCCCCGUGCUGGUCAGCUCCGUGGGUACCGACCCUAGCCACUAUGAGAUGCUGGGCACCUGUCGGAUGGUGUGCGACCCCUACCUGAACAAGGGCACCCCCAGCAGCAGCACUAGCUCCACGGGUUUGCAAGCCGAGGCAGAGGCGCUGAGCGACCACGGCAAUGUCCUGCCGCCCUCCACGCUCUUGCAAGGCCCGCAGGGGAAACCCGGCAGGCCGGGGAAGCCGGGGCCGCCGGGGCCACCUGGUGAACCGGGGCCGCCCGGACCGGCGGGGCCCCCGGGCGAUAGGGGGGACCAGGGACGAACCGGGAUUUUGGGCCUGGGCGAGAACGGAGCUAUCAGCACGGCCACCUACAGCACGGUGCCCCGAGUUGCCUUCUACGCCGGCCUCAAGAACCCGCACGAAGGCUACGAAAUUCUCAAGUUCGACGACGUGGUCACCAACCUGGGCAACAACUAUGAUGGCAUCGCCGGCAAGUUUGUCUGCAGCAUUCCGGGCACCUACUUCUUCAUCUAUCACGUGCUGAUGAGAGGAGGCGAUGGCACCAGCAUGUGGGCCGACCUCUGCAAGAACGGACAGGUUCGAGCCAGCGCCAUCGCCCAAGACGCAGACCAGAACUACGACUACGCCUCCAACAGCGUCAUCCUGCACCUGGACGCCGGGGACGAGGUCUACAUCAAGCUGGAUGGUGGCAAAGCCCACGGCGGCAACAACAACAAGUAUAGCACCUUCUCGGGCUUCAUCCUCUACGCGGACUGA